CCUUGACAAGUGUAGCUACUUCCGCCUUUAGCCGCCUCUCAUCAUACACAGAAAUGACAGCCACCUUGCGCCCAUAUCUCAAUGCAGUUCGUGCUACGCUGCAGGCCGCCCUCUGCCUGGAGAAUUUCUCCUCGCAAGUGGUAGAAAGACACAACAAGCCAGAGGUGGAAGUACGGAGCAGUAAAGAGUUGCUCCUCCAGCCUGUAAUCAUCAGCCGUAACGAAAAGGAGAAAGUCCUGAUUGAGGGCUCGAUCAACUCUGUCAGAGUCAGCAUUGCUGUCAAACAGGCAGAUGAGAUUGAGAAGAUCUUGUGCCAUAAAUUCAUGCGUUUCAUGAUGAUGAGAGCGGAGAACUUCUUCAUCUUGAGGAGAAAACCAGUGGAGGGCUACGACAUCAGUUUUCUCAUCACCAACUUCCACACAGAGCAGAUGUACAAACACAAACUGGUGGACUUUGUCAUUCAUUUCAUGGAAGAAAUUGACAAAGAGAUCAGUGAAAUGAAGCUGUCUGUCAAUGCCAGGGCUCGUAUUGUCGCCGAGGAGUUCCUCAAAAAUUUCUAAGAGAGAGAAAACCCGGGAACGCAUUCCUUUUGCAAUGUCGGCCGUCACUGUGGAGCUUUCACAUCACAGAGCAGAGUGGAGACAAAUCUGAUCAGCCAGGAGAAGUUGAGAAACUUAAGACGUACAGUAAGGAUGUACAGGCCAGUGGGGUUUCGCCCUUUAACCUUAAAAUGCCCCUUUGCUCAGAAAUAUUGAUUGUUUGUACAUAAUGAAUAUUCACACCAGACAUUAAUUUCUGCCGUUAGAACAUUAGAAGUCAAAAAAUGGUAUUUGUAAUCAAUAUUUAUGAGCACAGGGCAAUAUGGAUUUAAAUUUAAAUGUUUUUUUUAAUAUAUAUAUUAUAUGCACAUUCAGUUCAUUUAGCUAUUGUUUUGUUAUGACAGACCUUAAACCAUGAGGGCAAUCAAUUGGUGCACGUUUCUUGUGUUAGUACCCGAGUCCACAGAUUAAACCCUAUUGUAGAUGGAAAUAAUUAAAAUAUGCUGAACGUAAAGAUAAAUAAAAACAUUAUUCUUUGUA